AUGUCCACCGUCAGAACUAAUAAAACAAAUGGCACCGCUUUCGAAAAGAAAUUUGAAGGUUGGGAAACGGACUUGGAUCCCGAAAGUCUCAGCCUCAUUUCCGUCCUAAAUUUUCGUCGAGGAAAAGAUGACUUCUCUUUCGAUAAGCACACCGAACAUUUAACGAUAUCCAAGUUCUUGUCAUACGUCACAACGAACACAGCAGACGAAAGGUGGAGGAUAUCUACUUCCGUUCUUAAUAAAACUCUAAGGGCAAUGACCUGGUUACGCAUCGGGCUAGGAAUGGGUUAUUAUAUCCGGUGGGCUUCUUCCAAAUCUGUAUGGGGUUGGGCUAUUAUGUCGAAACAACCACCUAAGUGGCCUGAGCCUGAAUAUAUUUUUCAACUUCUGUUUCUACUCAACUCUUACAUUUCUCUUAAGGAUCAAGCACAAACUGAAAAUGUUAAAGCGUUCUGGCUGGAGGUUGAUCUGGAAAUAUCUCAGAAAUUGUCAAAUGCGAUUCUGGAGAAGAAGAAAACUGAACUAAAGCAGAAGGACAUGGAUAUAAAACUAACAAGGGCAUGUCCUCUAGUUGGUGAUGUCGAUGGCGAAAAAGAUGAAAAUGAUGGUUAUCACACUGAAGGGAACGAGAAAGAACGAUCAUCAUUUUCAGUAGAGAAAAGCACUGGUUCAAGACAAGCUCAUAAUAAUUCGAAACGGAAAUUGGGCAAUCAAUCGGAUUAUACAGAUUACGAAGGGUUGGCACUCUUGUUCGACGAAUCAAACGAAGAAGCCCUUAUGGAAAGUAUUGACGAGAAAACUCUUGCUGAAGAGGACAAAUUACCAUUAAUGAGAGAAAAGGGUCGAUCACAAUAUAUGCGUGAAGACGUGGUGGAAGCUUUCCGAAAAUAUCAAAGCAGAAUUCCCAAAACCCGCCAAGCAUAUACCUUAUACGGAUGCAAGGAAUUUACUGAAGAUGAUUUACAGCAAUUAUCUCAGGAUUUUGCUGACCACAUAAAGUGGAAACCCGACUCUGUCACAAAGAAUGUCGGAGAUUACUUUGACAGUAAUUGUGAAAAGGUUGAUAAUGAUCAAGAACUCAGAAAAUUUGAUAGACACGUUCAGUUUAUGAAAGCUAAUAUGAAUUCGUUUCAACAAAUGCUUCCUGAGGAACAACUAAAAAUGACGUCAUCCUUUCCACUAUUCCAUGGGGCAUUCAAUUCAAGUCGUAUUAAGGAUGUCUGGGGAGAAACUCAGGCUCUUUCGACAAAUGACGCGCGAAAUGAAAAAGCUAAUCCGUUUAAGAAAGCACGCAUGGGAAGGAAAGUAGAUAUGAAAGCAACCUUAGUCAUGACAUCAAAUAAAUUCGAGGUUAUUUACGGGGAAGUUGCGGGCGGUUUAGGACCAUUAGGAAUUCCCAUGGCUUGUCGAAAAAAGCGGUUUUUGGACAAAUUUACGGCUGGCUCCAAGUCGGUAGGUCUGGAAUUAAAUUUCUACGCGAUGGACUGGUCAGGAUCUGGAAUUUAUAGAUUUGGGUUAAUAGAUAGAUGCAGGAUACCUGCGGAUGAAGACGAUUGCUUUAUGUUGGAAGACGCAUACUGUAUACUUAAAUCAUUAGAGAAUAAAUCGCUUGAGACAGAGACUACAGUGAAACAACUGUUUUCAGAAAAUACGAAGGGUAAAAGACGCCGAAUUGCACCUGAGACUGAAGCAGAACUGAACAAGAAUCGCACUCCACUAGUCGAGGAAUUAGAGCAAAAGAAUAAAGAGCUUGAGGCUAGGCUUGCAGUAGUGGAACAGAGUUCUGUAGUAGUGGAUGGACAACCACAGAAUGACUCACGGAGUGAGGAUGCUAAGGCAUCUAAGGAAGUGAUACCAGAGAUAGUGACGGUUGUUAUCGUACCCAAUUCUCAAGUAGUUCGGCUUGAACAUUAUAAGCCUAAUUCAUAUAUAGAAGAGACUGGACUUGAUCCUUUGAUAAAGUUUAAAACUUCUAAAUUCCCACAAAGUGAAAAUGCUGAUAAUUAUAUCCUAAAGGACAGUUCGUUGGAAACUCAGGGGAGAGUAUCACAGAUAAAUGUUCUAUCUAUAUUACCUAAAUAA